GGAGAGAUUCAGCGCAGAGUUCUCGACAUGAGCGACAGUGCAGCCGCCGAAACGGCUCCUCCAACCUCCGCCAGCACCAAACCCAAGAUUCCCAUGAAGAAGAAGGCGGCGUCUCCCAGGAAAAAACCAGCCGGUCCCGGGUUGGCCGAGCGGAUUGUGAAGAUUGUCGGGGAGAGCCGCGAUCGGAAGGGGACGUCUCUGGCCGCUAUAAAGAAGGCGCUGCAAAGAAGCGGGGUCAAUGUGGAGAAGCAAAAUGCACAGAUCAGGAUGGCGAUCAAGAGGUGUCUGGCGAAAGGCUCCCUGGUUCUGGUCAAGGGCCAGGGCGUCUCCGGCUCCUUCAAACUCCCUCGGAAUCCAGUCAAGACAAAAGUGGGAAAGAAGGCGAAACCAGCAGCAUCCGCCAAGAAACCAGCCGUGAAGAAAACAACGGCCAAGAAGGUGACAGCGAAGAAAUCCCCAGCCAAGAAAGCAACAGGCAAGAAAGCGGCCGGCCAGAAGGCAGCAACGCCGAAGAAAACGGUGAAGAAAGCAGCGCCUAAGAAAAAGACUCCCGUGAAGAAGGUGAAAAAGACCAAGAGCCCCAAGGCCGCAAAACCGGUCCCGAAAUCGGGGAAACCGAAGGCCAAGCCCAAAACGAAAGUGACCAAGAAAGCAGCAAAGAAAUGAAGCAGUCUGUGCAACAUGUAACCACCUGAACACAAAGGCUCUUCUCAGAGCCACCCACAUCUCUCAGGAAAGAGCUGAGCCCGGAUCAAAUGAUCCCUGUCCCAUCUCCGAGUGCAGGGAUAAAUUAUAUAUUAAUUAAUGUGAGUGACUCGUCCACAUUUCUCUGCCAGAUUUACACCCAGUCUC